AGCAUUUGAGGAAUAAGAACCACCCUUGCAAGUUCUGUUGAAAAUUUGGCUGAAGUGUCGGCGGUGUCCAUGAUGCGAGAGAACGCGUUCAAGCCCUAGCCAGCGUUCCAUGCGGGGGCCGAUCGCCAAUGCCAGAGGACGAUGCCUAUCGAUUCGAGGUCACGGGGCCAAAGCGCAAGCACUUCAACUGGGAUGUUCCGGACGACAAAAGAGCAAUCUUGGCAUGCCUUGUGUCAAGCGUGUACUCACUCCAGCACGACAGAUCGAAAAACUACACAGGAACUCCGCAAGCUCUCGCUCCUCCCUGGUGGACGUCCUUCAACUACGAGCUCCUCGACGUGAUCCUCGGCAAUGACAAGCUCCGGAUCAACGGCGCAGUGUUCGUGUGGAACUACAAAAACCACUGGAAGCCUGCCCGAGCUCCGAUGGUGGUCCUGGCGCUCAGAGGCACGGACAGCCUAACCAGCAACUACAUCGUCGACUUCAAGAUCGCCAACCAGGAGCUUUACAAGACAGGCAGGUUCACAGCCGCGUACAACGCUCUCCGAAACGCCGUCGCAUGGCAUGGCAAGGACAACGUUUGCAUCACGGGGCACUCGCUCGGAGCAGCGGUGGCGCUCUCCGCCGCUCGGAUGAUGGCAUCGCAGGGCCAGUUCGUCGAGGCUCAUCUCUUCAAUCCUCCAUUCUCGUCCUCGACCGCUCCAUACAAGUCACUCUUCGGUGCUGAGACUUACAGCAAUCUCCAAGAGGUUUACACCGUUGCAAAGGCCGGGCUCGUCAACUUGCUGGUGGAUGCCGCAAAGAGAAGGGAGUCCGAGGCAGAGUUUGCGGCACUUGGAAGCUGGUACCCGGACAUGUAUGUUCAUCCCAGUGAUCCGGUAUGCUCGGGCUUUCUCGAGCACUUCAAGAACUAUCAGUAUAUGCUACAGGGGAAGUACGCGAGAUUGGCGAUGCCUCACGAAUCCAUCCGGGGCGUGCUCUGCUCCUCCAAAGCGAAGCCGCAUCACCUCAUCCCCUCGGCAAGGCUUCACGUCCCAGCGGAUGACGGCAAAGCUGCGAGUGCUCGAGACGCUCAUUCUCUUACACAGUGGUGGUCGGAUGGAGCAGUCGUUCAGGUGCAAUUUGUCAACUUGACAGGUCAAGAACACUUGGAUCAUCCGCUGCAAAUCCCGUUUGGGGGGAUAAGCGACGAAGCUAUGGUGUAGUACGUACAUAUUUUCUCUGUGCUCAAAGAACCCGAGAAAAAAGUUUUUAUUUUUUCCUGUGCUAGACCAAGGUUUGAAGAGAUCGCGGCGUGUUUUCGACGUUCAAUCUUACUGGAAGAACGUCACAGGUGGAUGUUUACCACGUCAUGACUUUACAAUGAACACUUUCAUUGUCUGCUCGA